AUGUCAAGAUCAGAUUUAGAUGAUUUAGAUGAUCAACUAUACAACAACCAAUUCGACUUUGAUCAAUUUGAUCAAGUUGAUUUGAUGUCUUUAGCCUCCUCAACUUAUCCAACUCAAACAACAACAACAACAGCGACACUAUUAACAAGCGGAACGACAAAAUCAAAUUCUACCGCCACUAAUACUACAACUGCUGCUAAUGCUAAAAAAAAUAAAAAAGUCAAGGAUAAGAAUUCUUCUACCACAAAAGCUACCACAAAUACCAAGGCUAAUAACAAGCAACAACAAGAUGAAGAUACUGCUACUGAAAGCGAAAAUGACAAUAAAAAGUCAUCGUCUCAAAAAAUCACCAAAAAACCUAAAUCUUGGAGCAAAGAAGAAGAUAAAGUGAUUUAUGAAUUAUUAUUUGAGAAUAUUCAAAGACCUUCUCCCAACGAUCUUGUGGAACAACUUCCCGAACGUUCCAAAUCAGCAAUAAGACAUCGAAUUGAUAAUCUUUAUACGAAAUUGCGUAAAUUUCCAGAUUUAGAGGAAGAAGUCGAUUAA